AUGAUGCCCGGACUGCGCUACCCCGAUGCUUCUUCAACGCAGAACCACGCCGCCGGCUCCAAGCGCCCGCUCGCUCCGGACGAUGAACAAUACGCACUCUCUUCGAAACGCCGUCGCGUCGUGCGCCACGGUAUCCGACAUAAGCAGGCCUGGCGCGAGGACCCAUCCAUUGCCGCGCCGCAGGACGAGGCCUUCUUCCAGGCCCAGAUUCUACGUGCCUGCUCAAUCAGCUUGACGGCCGUCGGAUUUGAGAGCGCGAAGCCCACCGCGCUGGAGGCGUUUCGCGGCCAGGUUGACGAAUAUGUGCGCGUCUCGAUGGAGCACGCGCGCCGCACAACCGCCACGCCUUCCGACUUCGCCCGCGCACUCGCCCACACCGGCUACACUGCGUCGGACCUUGAGCCGCAGCUCGCGCUGCCGCUGCCUGCUGCCAUCGCAUUGCCGCCCGUGCCCGACGCGCCGCCCGCGGAGGAGCCCCCGCCGCGCCUCGAGGCCGUCCUGGGCGCCGAGCUGUCGGGCGCCGCCGACAAGAACGCCCGCGCGUACAUCCCUACGCAUCUCCCUGCCUUCCCCAGCAAGCACACCUGGCAGGCCACGCCCGUGUACAGCUCGCGCGAGACGGACCCGAGGAAGAUUCGCGAGCGCGCGACGCAGGAGGGUAUUCUGGCGGAGCAGGCGCUGAGGAAGCUCAUGGCGGCGAAUCGGACGGGGUCGAGCAGGAGGCGAGGCAAGGAUACUGGUGUUGCGGGUGAUAAGAGGAGGUCGCCGCCGGCGAGUAAGCAGAUGUGGGAGGAUGCUAUGCGCGAGAUCAUACGCGAGGAUGAGAUGAAGCGGGGGGACGUGAUCAUGGGCGGGAUGGAUGACGAGCAGAGCGGGGACAAGACAAACGACUUCGUGGUGGACACGGGUCUGCUGGUGAACUACGAUAAGAAGUAUUGGCGGAAGGGAGUACAGUCGACGGCAUGGUCGUAA